AGCCCUCUGGCGGUGGUUUGAGGGGUUGCAUGAAUAAAGCAACGCUUCUUGCCGUGCUUGGCUGAGGCAGGUGACACCACGGCUGGGUCAGCGGUGAAGCCCGAACGCAGGCCUGCAGGCGACAGCCAUGGCCGGGCGCUUCCUCCGGUUGCUCUUCAGGGGCAAGUAAGGAGCGGGGCGGGAGAAGGGAAAGUCUCAAGAGGGGCCGGCCAAAGCGAUAGAAAGGGCGCCGCCGCCGCCAUUAUUCCCUCUCAGGUGAAAGGGGUCGACCAGCCGCACCCGCAGGGGCGAAGCGCCGCCUUUCCCCUCUCCUUUUGGGGAAAUUGGUUUCUCCCACCAAGGAGCGCCCUCAGCCUUGGGGACCGUACUAACGAAGCAUGGGGGAGGGGGGGAGAGAAGAGAUAAACCUGGGGAAAGUAGGGGGAAGUGUGCGAGGUGUAAAUUUCAUUUCAUUUCGACUCCUGUUCCCCACCCCACCUCAAAAAAACCUAAAUAAACCCAGAAACGAGUUUGCGCUAGAAAUCUAUUACUCAUGCUAUAUUUCUCAUGGUUGCAAAAUUAUGAAUGUAGGAAGAAACAAUGCAAACAAUGAGGGGUUGUGUGAGUUUUUUUAUAUAGCGUAGCUGUAAUAACUGGGCAGCAGCAUGUGACUUAUCUCUUCCCCCAGCCAACCAUUUCAUACUGCAUUGCAUUGCAAUUUUGUUUCCCACCCUUUUCUCCAAAGGAGCUCAAGGUGGAAUUACAUACAGUAGUUCUCUUUCCCCUUCUUCGUUGAACCCUCCACAACAACCCUGUGAGGCAGGUUAGGUUGAGAAGAGGCGGCUGGCCCAGCCAGAAAAGGCUGUGCCUUGCAGCAACGAAUCUUUUACCCAUGUAAAAACGCGGAGAGAAGAGCCCUGCCGGAUGAGUCCAAAGGCCCAUGAUAUUCUAGCCCAGCAUUCUGGGAUCACAGCAGCCAACCAGAUGGCAAGCCUGCAAGUGACAUGUGAGCGGAAACAGUAUCUGAUUCCCAGGCAAACCUGCGAGAUAGGUUAGGAGAGAAAGUGACGCCGCCCCCGUCCCCCUGGUCUUAAUCCAGCACUCUAACCAGGGCACCACACUGCCAAUGGACGUCUACUUUGAAGAAAGCACCAUCGAGUCCAGUGGAGACUUCCUCCCAUGUAAAAUGUGCAUAGGGUUACUAACUGAAGUCUUCUUUCUUGUGGUGGUGGGCUUUUUUUAACAAUAGUUUUAAACGAAUAUAUUUAUUUGACAUUAUUAUAAUAAUCAAAUCUCACCCGCCCCAAUAUGGAGCUGCUUUUUUUCGGGGAGGGGGAGAUCACAGAACUGUAGAGUUGUCAACUCCCCUAGAACUGAGGGUUUCUUCAUUUGUUUUGCUCAUUUGGGCAGCUCCCGCUUUAUCCAGGAGAAAACGAUGAAUGGAAGUGGGUGGAUUCCAGUGCGAACUCGGAAAGUCGUUGCGCGGAGGGUAGCUUGGGCUCCUCUACAUUUCCCCCCCUCCAUAUCUCUUGCCUCCAAAACUAGAGUGACUGACGGCACAUCCUUUUCCCUCAUUCGCCCCGCCCCCCUCUCUCGCCCAUUGGUGCUUGCGUUGAAAUUCCCGCGCGCGCGAGGGAGGCGGUUAGGCGGGGAGGGAAAAAGCGCGGGCUUCUUCAUUUUCCUCAGGAUUAACAGCCUCUCCUUAACUCUUGUUUCUCCCGCCUUUUUGUGUGUGUCGCUCUCUCUCUUUCGCGCUCCCAACAUGCCUUGUUCUGAAGCGGACCUCGCCUCUUCCCCUAGCAAGAGGCCAAAAGUCUCCGGCUGUGAGGCUCCCGGCGAGAAACUCCGCUUCUCCAAGCUGUCUGAAAACGCGUCCGCUCCUUCCAGGGGCUCCUCCCGGGCUGCGGGCUAUGACUUGUACAGUGCAUAUGAUAUUGAAAUCCCUGCUUCAGGGAAGGGUGUAGUGAAAACAGACAUUCAGAUUGCCCUUCCUUCUGGAUGUUAUGGUCGAGUAGCUCCUCGCUCUGGUUUAGCUGCAAACCACUUCAUAGAUGUUGGUGCUGGGGUUAUUGAUGAGGAUUACAGAGGAAAUGUUGGUGUUGUACUGUUUAACUUUGGAAAGGAGCCCUUUAAAGUUAAAAAGGGGGACAGAAUUGCCCAGCUGAUCUGUGAGCGCAUCUACUAUCCUGAGCUUGAAGAAGUCCAGGUUUUGGAUGAAACAGAACGUGGCUCAGGAGGUUUUGGAUCAACUGGCCAAAAAUAAGGAUAGCUGUUACUUGUAGUAAAUAAUUUCAUUUCCCUUGGUUUUGUAUAGAGCUUUUUUGUAUAAAUAAAACUUCUUUUGGUAGACUUGCUUUCUGUUCAUAAAGAGUUGCUGAAGUUACAACCAUUAUUCAAGGAAAAUAACUUGAAGAUGUGUUACAACAUACUAUUCUCUGCAUACUUAUGUUCAGUAGGUGUCAAUAUCAUGCUACUGUGGUUUAGUGGUUAAGAGCGGUAGACUUGUAAUCUGGGGAACCAGGUUCGCGUCUCUGCUCCUCCACAUGGAGCUGCUGGGUGACCUUGAGCUAGUCACACUUCUUUGAAGUCUUUCAGCCCCACUCACCUCGCAGUGUUUGUUGUGGGGGAGGAAGGGAAGUGAUAAAGCGGGAUAUCAAAUCCAAAAUCAUCUUCUACUAGAGGGCAGAGGAUUUUUCAAGUGAAAACUAUUAAGGACUACAAAAGGCACUUGAAGCUCUUCACAGAAUUACUUACAAAAUAUUAGUGAUGUCAUAACAAAAAAUGACUUUAUAAAAUCACACUUAAAAUAAAGACUGAAACAAAAGCAGCAAGAAGCAAAGAAAAUAAUAAAAUGAUCACCUAGCAAAUGCCUAGAAUAUGAACGACUAAUCUGAAAAGCCAACAGUGAUGCCAAUACAUCCAGGGAGGCUAGUACAUAAUGGGACACCACAACAUAAAUGGUCCUAUUCCUGGGUGCAACAAACCUGAUCCACAUCUUUCAAACCAAUCUGCAAAACAGAACUUGCUCAUCAGAUUUUGUGCUUCCCACCCAGUUCUUGACUCAAAAUGAAAAUAUUGAGAGGAAGAUAUUUAGGAAUGCAUGGUAUUUAUGAUUGAGUCCUUAACUGACCACCUGACUUGCUUUUUGAUAAACGACUAUUAAGUGUUUAUAAUCUGCUUUCACCAAUACUUUGUUACUUCAAUCUCAGAAUAGAAAUGAACAUUAAGAAAAGAGGCAAUAUUCAACAAUCACAGAAUCCAUAAAACAAUUCCAACAAGCAGAUUAACAUCUUCAUAAUGAAAUGAACAAAACACAGCAGUGAGGAGAACAAUUAGAAUUUCCAAUUUCGGUAAACCAAAUACGUGUUAAAGAAAAUAGGAUAUCCAGAUGACUUUAGCAACAGUUCCCAACCCUUAUCUCCUCUGGGGUAGCCCACUAAUGUCCCCUUUCUGUGCCAACAGACUCUAACCCGUGUUUCCAGGGAACCCGGCCAGAUGGGCGGGGUAUAAAUAAUAAAUUUUAUUAUUAUUAUUAUUAAAGAAAACUGCCUUCAUAUCAGUUGAAGGCCCAAAUGCAGACAAUUCCAACAAUGAAAAGUGGGAGGCAUCUAAGGGAACCAGUAUGGCUGCAUAAGGAGUUUACAGAGGAGAUGUAAGAAGGACAUGUAUAAGAAAUGGAAGAAAGGGGAAAUCACAAAGGAGCAGUAUAUACGAGUAGCCAACAGUUUCAGGGUGAAGGUCAGGCCGGCUAAAGCUCAGAAUGAAUUCAGGCUUGCAAGAGAGGUUACAAAAGGUUUCUUCGGCUAUGUCUGUAGCAAGAGGAUGAACAAGCAAGUGUUAGGUCUUUGCAUGGAGAAAUGCUAUUGGGUGAUGGAGAAGGUGGAACUACUCAACACCUAUUUUGCCUCUGUCGUCACCCAAAAGGAAAGCGAUGCCCAACCUGGUGAUAACAAAUAAAUGAUGUAAGGCAGGAGCUGCAGCCCAAGACAGGAAAAGAGGUAGUAAAGGAACACCUAAUUGUUGAAUUCAAAUCUCCAGGACCUGCAAAGGAGCUUUUGAACGUAAUCUCAGCCUUUUUCUAUGAUCUUUGAGAAUUUUGGAGAACAGGUGAGGUCCCUGCAGACUGGAGGCAGGCCAGGCAAAUGCUGUCCCCAUCUUCAAAAAGGAAAAAAAAGACCCAGGUAACUACCGAUGAGUUUGACAUCAAUACCAGGGAAGGUGCUAGAACACAUAGAUAAUUAAUAGAGAAUUAGAAGAGGAUGUUAUGAUGACCAUGACCUAGUAUGGGUUUCUAAAAAAUAAGUCGGGCAAAUCUCAUUCCUUUUUUUUAAUGGAGUUACAAGUUUAGUGGAUCGGGAAUACUGUGGACAAUAUUGUAUCUUGAUUUCAAUAAGGCUUUUGACAAAGUCCCCUAUGAUACUCUGGCAAGGAAGCUGGUAAAAUGUGGGUUAAAUGAGGUAAUUUAGAUGGAUUUGUAGUUUGUUGACUGACCAGACCCAAAGAGUACUCAUUAAUGGUUCCUAAUCAUCCUGGGUAAAAGUGACUAAUAGGAUGCUGUAGGGUUUUGUCCUGGGCCUGUUGUUCAACAUAUUCAUAAAUUACUUGGAUUAAGGAAUUGAGGGGAUGCUCAUCAAAUUUGCAGAUUACGCUAAGCCGGGAGGGGUAACUAAUGCCACAGAAGACAGAAUCAGAAUUCAAAGUAACUUAACAGAUUGGAGAACUGGCUCCAAGCUAACAAAAUGUAAUGUUCUGCACAUAGGCAGGAAGAACCAGAUUGAGAACACUUGGCUUACUAACAGUACAUGAGAAAAGGAUCUAGGGGGUCACAUGUUGCAGCAGCAAAAAAGCUAAUGUUACUUAGGCUGCAUAAACUAGAAGUAUAGUGUCCAGACUCAAAUGCGUGACUUGAAGUUACAAGAAAGGAGAUUCUGACUAUAACUCGGGAAUAACUUUCUGACAGAGCUGUUCAACAGUGGAGCAGUCUCCCUCUGGAGGUUGUGGACUCUCCCUGGAGGUUUUUAAGCAGAGGUUGGAUGGCCAUCUGUCAUGGAUGGUUUAGUUACAGUUCCUGCAUUGCAGGGGGUUGGAGUCCCUUCAAACCCUAUGAUUUUGUGAAUUAAGACUAGCUGCUGAGCAUCAGGUACCCUUGUUCAGCUAAUGCUAAAGGAAAGCAUAUUUGAAAUUAUUCCUACCUGAUAAACAAAACAUUUUACUUUAUGAUUCAUGUUUCAAAACCUAAUUUAGAAAGUUAGUAUUUUGCUGAAGAGAAACUGCAGAACCCAUGCCAGGAAGGAUCUGGGAAAAGUCCAUCUACCUCAAUGGGAAAGUAAUGCUUUCAAGUUCACCUCAAGCUGAACUUUUCCAAUAUAAACACUGGAGAAUUAUUAAGCUUUCUAACUACUCUUGUUUCCCGGUGGCUUCCAAGUGCAUCCUGCUGAACUAGCAGCCUAGCAAAAUUUUACUUACAUCAGCAUUUAUUUUGUCAUCCUGAGCCCCCACAGUGUAAAGAGUUGAGAAAACAAAACUCACUUAAAAACAUGACAACUGUAUACAAAAUAUAAAUCAACAAAUGACAUUGCUUUUUAACCAGCAUGGGCAGUCUGAGAAUCAAAGGAAACAAAAUUGUAUAUAGCUAGGUCUAAUUUCCAAUAUUAUUACCAUCUGCAGAUCUUAUAGCUCAAGACAAAGUGCAAAUGAUUGACAUGGGGGGUGUUACUGCAGAUGUACAGGUUUAUGAACUAGCGUUUUUAUUUUAAUACAUUUUUAUCAUGCCUCUCCUGAAGAGAGUCCACAGUGACAUACAUGGUUCUCCCUAUAGUCCACGGGUGGCCAACUCCCAAGAGACUGCGAUCUACUGACAGUUAAAAACUGGCAGUGAUCUACCCCCUUUUUUGCGUUCAGGUCAAAGUUGUUCAGCUUUUUUUUAGGGAGGAGGAAAGCCCUGUUUUUGGGGGGUGCAGGGCAAAAAUGUUAAGCUUUUUUUAGGGGGGCAAAGUUGUUGAGCUUCUUUGGGGGGAGCCAGUGAUCUACCACAGACGUGCAGUGUUGGACGUGCCUGCUAUAGUCUAUCUGACACAGCUUUUUAUGAGGUAAAACAGAAUAUUUGAACCUUGCCCUCCCCAGCCCUAGUUUAAUACUGACUGCUACCCUUUGUCAUAGCAUGGCUGUUAAAAGACCUUGCAAUUUCUUAUGCAGUGUUGGUUUACAAAGCUGUCCCUUUGCACCUAAGCUUGAUUAUGUUGUUUAGUCGUUUUGUCGUGUCCGACUCUUCGUGACCCCAUGGACCAUAGCACGCCAGGCACUCCUGUCUUCCACUGCCUCCCGCAGUUUGGUCAAACUCAUGUUCGUAGCUUCAAGAACACUGUCCAACCAUCUCGUCCUCUGUCGUCCCCUUCUCCUAGUGCCCUCAAUCUUUCCCAACAUCAGGGUCUUUUCCAAGGAUUCUUCUCUUCUCAUGAGGUGGCCAAAGUAUUGGAGCCUCAGCUUCACGAUCUGUCCUUCCAGUGAGCACUCAGGGCUGAUUUCCUUCAGAAUGGAAAGAUUUGAUCUUCUUGCAGUCCAUGGGACUCUCAAGAGUCUCCUCCAGCACCAUAAUUCAAAAGCAUCAAUUCUUCGGUGAUCAGCCUUCUUUAUGGUCCAGCUCUCACUUCCAUACAUCACUACUGGGAAAACCAUAGCUUUAACUAUACGGACCUUUGUAGGCAAGGUGAUGUCUCUGC